UUUUCCCUUUUAACACCAUCACUCCAAAACACAACUCACUACCCUCUCCCUCCCUCUCCAGAUUUCAUUUCAAUUCCUUCUUCUUACACUAAUGUCUUCCCUCCUCCACCUCGCUUCAUCUCAGGAAGAUCGAGAAGAAGGUGGUGGAGGAGGAGGAAUAAUCCAGAUUAUUCCACCCAACACAUUCUUCUUCCUUCUCAAACCUUUCUCUCUGCAGCCGUCUCUUUCAAGAAUCAGGUUGUGGAGCUUACUUGGAAACAGAGAGGUAACGCGGAUAUUGGAGUUGAUCCGACGGUGUAUAACGGCUUACUUGGGACGGCGGUAACUUGCCUGAGAUCGUACGAGGCCACCGGAAACCACCAGGACUUGGUAUUGUGUUCUGAUAUUGUAGAUAAAUGUACGGUUCUAGCACGUGCCUCUCACAGGCACUUGACUUUUCUUUGUGGUAGAGGAGGAGUUUAUGCUCUUGGCGCCGUGGUAUCUCAUUACAUGAGGGACCCUCAAAAGCUUGACUUCUUCUUCAAUCUUUUUCUUAAGGCAGCAGAAGAGAAAGCACUCCCUAUUGACCUGAAGAAGGAGGUUUUGGAAUGUCAUAUGAUCUCCUGUAUGGGCGAGCUGGGUUCUUAUGGGCUGCCUUAUUCAUUAAUAAGCAUCUUGGAGAGCAGAGAAUACCUCAUGAUCUUCUCAUGUCCGUAGUUGAUGCUGUUUUAGCGGGUGGCAGGCGGGUGCAUCCGACAACCCAGACUGCCCUUUGAUGUUCAGAUGGCAUGGGACGAGAUAUUAUGGUGCAGCCAACGGCCUGGCUGGUAUCUUGCAAGUACUUUUGCAUUUCCCACUUU